AUGCCACCCAAGCUCGUGGGCUGGGGCUCAAAUCUUCAUGGACAGCUGGGACAAGACUUGUCUGUUCUGCAAGUAGCAGCGCCGGUCGACAUCGAUAAUGCAGAGCGCAUCGUUUGUGUAACAGCCACUCAGGUAUUGUAUACACGAAACGGGCAAAUGUACCUGUAUGGCUACAUGCCAGGUUAUGACUCGAAGCCAACGCGACACACUGUACCAUGGACCAAUCCACGUGCUAUUCUGGGACAAGAUUAUGUGGAAGCAUGUCUAGACGAAGAUGGGUACUUGUGCUUGGGAUUUUCCAAUACGCGAUGUGGACAGACCACCUGGCAGCAUGCCGCCAUGGAUAAGACAGGUCGCAUCAUUGCCAUAUCAAAUGAGCGAAAAGCAGUUUUGUUCAAUACAUUGAAUGAAAUGGUGCUAGGCAUAAAUGCAAUUCCCCUUUCUGCACCCAACUUGCCGCCUUUGGAUCGUGCUUUUGCUGGUGGCUCUCAUUUUGUGCUGUUUGCACCACAAGCAUCCCUACCUAUCUAUACGUACGGGGACAAUCGAUUUUGUCAGCUUGGAGAUAUCUAUGUACCGAGUAAAGGCUUGCAUGCCUUAUCUUUUUUUUCACGGGAUGAAGGAUUUCCUUCAAGCGUUCACAGCGUCGUGUGUGGCGACCGCCAUUCGCUGGCUCUCACCUCAGAUGGGGACUGCUACUUUUGGGGAUGGAGUGUGUUUCAUGGCCAUACACUACCCGAACCGGUUGACGUGGGUCACGGGCCUGAUUUGGUCAACGUAACGUCCAUGGCAUGUGCCACAGAUGUCAGUAUAUUCUUGCUCGAAGAUGGGUCUGUGUGGUCUACAAAACGGGGUGAUACAGAGACAAGGUUUGCUACAGAAGCACACCGUGUGCAGUUCCAUGGUAUGAACUAUCCCCUGGAUAUAGGUGCGGCACAAUGGUCAUAUUAUGCGCUUGUGCAAAACAAGGAGUCCGCGUGA